AUGUUUAAGUCUAUAUCUGUUCACCUGAUAGCCGUACUGCUACUUGCUCUAACGAUAUACGGAGCUCACGUGAAAGGAGACGAAGCGCUAGGGGACACGGAGAAUCAGAAGGAAGCGAGUUCGGGACAAAAUGCAGAGGUGGAUAAUGAUAGCUGGAUAGAGAACCUGAUGUGGAACCUACUUGGCUAUGCAACAAUUAUCGUCCCCGAGGCUUUUAUCAUCCGUAUGCUCAAGAACUCAAACUUUAAUGAACGAAGUGGUAAGAUGUUUGCCCUGUUCGUGCUACGUGUACACCCUGACGUUGUGCAUGUAUAUUUUGGUUUAAAAAAGUAUUUUUUUUUUCGUUUCUUCUUUAUUUAAUUUAAGACGAAGGAUUUUUGUAGGUGUUGCUAAUGAACCGUGUUGCCGUAGUACGGCUUGAUAUGUCAGCGAUCAUUCCCUCAUCUUGCUUUAUUUUCAUUUCUUUUUUGAACAUAAAUUUAUUUUAAAAAAGUUAAGCUAUAUAGUUAUUUCAACGAAAAAAGUAGCACAGGAAACGAGAGAGAUCGCUUACUGUCAUUCUUUUCUCUGACUCGCAGGGAGUUUCGGUAAGUUAAAGGCCACAAGUAAAUAACUAGCCUGCAAAGCAGGCGUAUUUUGGAGCGAUGAUUUGUUUUUAGCCUACGAAAUUAUCCGUUUCUCCUCGCUCUUCGUCGCUGAGGACGUUUCGCGCGGAGGAACGUCUGCGACUCAGCGACAGAAAUUCCAUACUGAUGACGUAAAAUCUCUCCAGAAUCCGGUCAGAAGCGCUGAUUGGUCGACGGAGCAGUUACAUUGUUUUAGCUAUUGUUUACAAAUGACAGACAAAAGACAAAAGGCCAAAAAGGUCAAAUGUAAACACGAAGAAUCUCUAACAAAACCGUCAAUAUUUGUGGAAUAUAGUCUUCUCUAGAAGAAGCAUUUGAGUUUUGCUGGAGCUCGUGGGCAGAUCAACACAACACUUUACCAAAAUCGAACAGAAGACACGCAAAAUUAGACAAAUUUAUAUUUGGAACCCGAUGACUACCGGAUUUAUUAUGUAAACAUUGAUUUGCGUCAUCAGUAUGGAAUUUCUGUCACUGAGUCGCAGACGUUCCUCCGCGCGAAACGUCCUCAGCGACGAAGAGCGAGGAGAAACGGAUGUUUUCGCAGGCUAAUUUGUUUUCGGGAAUGACGUUGUCCCGCCAUCUUGGACUUUAAUACUGCCAGAGAGUUGGGACGAGUCAAAAACUGAUUUGAAGGAAGAGGCCUCCCCACCCCUGCCCCUUUUAACGCCCUCCUCCCUUAGUCGUUUCCUUUGCUUUCCAAGAUGACGGCCGCGAUCAAUGUACCUCCGAGUUUCUGUUAAAAAACGCCUUAACACAUAUGUUGACAGUCAAGACAGUCAAGUACUUGUGUCAAGACACAGUGCUCUCCUUGGUCCAUCUUUUGAGGUUGUCAAUUUCUCGCUCAAGUAUUUCACUUGCUUCCUAUAAUAAUUACGAUUGUUAUGACAAAGAUAUCUAGUUUGUAACGUUUUGUUGGACAAUGAACUUAUAUUAAAAUUUUCUUAAACUGGACAGGGCAUGUUCACUUUACUAUUUAAGACCAAGGCAUGUACCUAAUAUGAGGUUAAAUUUGCACUCACGGUAUUUUAUCAUGUCCUGAAAAUACUGUCUAUUUCUUUUCGCUUUCUUAGGAACUAGCUGCUUGUUGCGCUCAAUUCAGCUGUGUGUUUUUGGUGCUCCUCAUAUAGAAUCUGCAGACGUUCAAGCAGAAGAUGGUGGCAUCAAAGAAAGUCCUUCAAAGGAUGAAAGCUCUCCUCCACCAAGUUUUUCUCAACCAAGCAUCAAGCUCUUGUUUUGUGCAGGUGGUUUGCAAUUGUCAUACCUCACCUGGGGUGUCCUAAUAGAGCAAAUAGUGAGACGAACUUAUAAAGAGCUCCUUCCUGAUGGUUCAGUCAAAUUAGUGAAAUUCACAAACUCUCAGUUCCUAAUAUUUGUAAAUCGUUCACUUGCUUUAGUUGCAGCAUCAUCUUGCAUUUUGUUCACUCGCCAGCCACGCCACACUGCACCCCUUUACAAGUAUUCCUAUUCGUCCUUUUCAAAUAUUUUGAGCAGCUGGUGUCAAUAUGAGGCCCUUAGACUGUAUGUAAGCUAUCCAACCCUGAUUCUUUGUGGAGCAUCCAAGAUCAUUCCAGUAAUGAUCAUGGGCAAGAUAGUGGCCAAUAAAUCCUACCCCUACCACGAAUAUGUUCUUGCUGUUCUACUCUCUGUGGGCGUCAGUUUGUUUCUCCUGGCAGCAGAUCCAUCAGGGAAGCGAACAUCUGCUGCUACCACUUUUUCAGGAGCUAUAUUACUUUUGGCACGCAUGGUGUUUGAUAGUUUCACUUGCAACUGGCAAGCAGAACUGUUCUCAGUAUACAAGAUGUCAACCAUCCAAAUGAUGUUUGGCGCAAGCCUGUUCAGUUGUCUCUUCACGGUCUGGUCAAUGAUUGAGGGUGGAAAUUUUUUAUCAGCAGUUGGGUUUAUGAUGAGCAACCCUGAGUUUGCCUACCAUGUCACAAUACUGUCACUGGCUUCAGCGACAGGUCAGCUUUUUAUUUUUUACACCAUACAGUCUUUUGGGCCAGUUGUGUUUACCAUCAUCAUGACCAUUAGAAUGAUGUUGAGUAUCAUGCUAUCGUGCAUUAUCAAUAAUCACCCAUUGUCUGCUCAAGCUGUUUUGGGGGUUAUUGUUGUGUUCAUUGCACUGUUUUUGCGUGUGUAUGCUAGGUAUCGUGCAAAACCGUCUUCAGUUUGA